AUGUCCUUAACGGAUUUUUUGGCAGAUCAAUCAACCGGCUCUUGGGCCGAUGAAAUGGAUGAUUUACCUUCUGCGCCUGCCGCGUCGUAUUCAGGUUAUGGAGAAUCGGAAGAUUCACAUCGUCGUGGUAGUGGCUUCGGUGAUAGGAACAGAGGCUUUUCUUCGGGAAGAACAAAUUCUAGAGAUUCACGUUACGAAUCUCGUGAAUCGCCACGUGAAUCUAGAUUUGGUAAUCGUCAAGAACGAAUUCCUCAACCACUACCAACUUCUCCUCCAUACACUGCUCAUCUUGGAAACCUGCCCUUCGACGUAACUGAAGAUGAGGUGGCUGAUUUCUUCAAGAGUUCGAAGACUAUCAGCAUCAGAAUUCUUCGAGACAUUAAUGACAAACCCAAAGGAUUUGGUUAUGUUGAAUUUGAAGAUCUAGAAUCAUUGACAAAAGCAUUGGAAAUGAGUGGCGAGUCUCUGGGGAAUCGACCGAUCAGAGUUAGUGUAGCGGAACCUCGCGACCGCGAACAGCGUGAGGACCGUACCGCUGGGGACUGGCGACGGACAGCUCCCAGAGAGUCGCCGGUUUCCUCUCCGAGGAGUGAUCGUUUCGGAGGUGGACAGCGAGAGGAAAGGUGGGGAAGUGGUAGUGGAUUUCGCGAUCGAUUUGAUCGCAGUAAUGAACGGGGUGAUAGAAUUGAUAAGGGUGAUCGAGGGGAUCGUGGUGUCGAAAGAGUUGAACGUAAUAAAGGUGAUACGGAAUGGAGAGGCGGUGCUUUUAGUAUUAGUAAAUCAAACAGUUUUCGCGAUCGCCGAUCCGAAGAAAGAUUUGGUAAUCAUAGUAAUUCAAUGGGAAUAAGUCAAUCAAAAUUAAAAGUUGAAAAUUCAGUUUCUAUCCAUACCCGUGCAGUGGCAUCCGAUACUGGUACAUCUCCCCCUCCGAUGCGUAAAAAAUUGGAAUUGAAACCACGAGGUACAACUCAAAAUGAACCUUCACCUCCUCUCCGUUCGAGCAAACCGAAUCCCUUUGGUGAGGCCAAACCAAUAGAUUCUGAUGAAGCACUCAGAAGA